AUGGAGCGCGUGAAAUUUGAGACGUGCGCGGCCAUGGUGACCAUGCCGCCGCUCGGCACGGGCCGCCCACUGGGCCGCUUCAAGUGCGCGUGCUGCGAACACCUCCUCUUGAAGGAGUCGUUCUGCAAGCCUGGCGAGGAGCCCAAGCGAAGGUCCUCGCGCAGGUGUCUUGCGUGCAGGGAUAGACCUGAGCGCGAGCGCUACUGGCACCCCCCGACACUGCCUCCGCGCACGGCACCUGACCUCAAGCGCCGCCAGCGCGAAGAGCGCCAGGCUGAGGUCCGCCGGGCCAUGAACCCGGCGCCUCGCCGUAAGCCAGCGCGGGACCCCCUCACGGAGCCCAAGAAGCGCAAGCGCAAGCUGCGCUUCAGAGAGCGCCACCGCCCAAGCGAACGGGAGAAGCAGCAGCAGAUGCAGCAGCAAUAA